AUGAUCCAUGUUGGAGUUAAAUCAUUUGUCUGUGAUCAGUGUGGAAAGUCUUUUCAGGAUAGAGAUCACUUAGAGAGACAUCAGGGCGUCCACAGUCAAGUUAAACCUUUCACCUGUGAUCAGUGUGGAAAUUCUUUUACUGGGAUUGAUAGGUUAAAAACGCAUCAGCUCAUCCACAGUGGAGAGAAACCAUUCAGUUGUGAUCUGUGUGGAAAGUCUUUUACUCAGAUGGGCAAUUUAAAAGCACAUCAGCUCAUCCACAGUGGAGAUAAACCUUUCAGCUGUGAUCAGUGUGGAAAGUCUUUUGCUUAUGUUAGUAACUUAAAAAGACAUCAGCUCAUCCACAGUGGAGAUAAACCUUUCAACUGUGAGCAGUGUGAACAGUCUUUUACUCACAUUGCUGCCUUGAAAUCACAUCAGCUCAUCCACUCUGGUACUAAACAAUUUGUAUGUGGUCAGUGUGGAAAGGCUUUUACUUACAUUGCUGCCUUAAAAUCACAUCAGCUCAUCCACUCUGGUACUAAACAAUUUUUAUGUGGUCAGUGUGGAAAGGCUUUUACUCAUAUGACUGGCUUAAAAUCACAUCAGCUCACCCACAGUGGAGAUAAACCUUUCAGCUACACUUUACCCUACCGGCCAGAGAGGCCGAUGGCGCGGUAUAGCAGCUUCGCUUCUGUCAGUCUGCCUCAGGGCAGCUGUGGCUACAACCUGCUUGCCUCCACCAGUGUGUGA